UGUUGAAAUUUUUAAUGAAAUUUGUGAAAUUUUGGAGGAGAUUGGAGGAAAUAGAAGGAUAUUUUUGGAUUUUGAAGUGGAAAAUUUUGGAUUUGUUCGGAGGAUUAGGUAUUUUGAUGUGGUCGAGUGGACGGUAGUAAAGGCUUUAGGGAGUUGUGAAGGGAUUUGGGUGGAGAAAGCGGAAGUGGCGAUGGAGGAUAAGUGGGUCAGGAAGAUCUGAGCGAAGGAGAUUUGGUAUGAAUGAUACUGUAGAGAGACGUGUAAGUGAGAUUUUCAGGUACCUGAAGGGGAGAGACUUGGAGAUGUGUAUGCAAAGACAUUAGGCGAUGCCAAGCAGCUGAUUGAGAGGUAUUUGGAGAAGUAUGAUAAUAAGCCGAAAGUGACCUUUUAUGGAGAUUUUGAUGAUAGUUAUGAAGAUAUUAUGAGUUUUUGAGAGGAAUAUGAUUUAUAUUACCCAAACGGAAGAUCGUAUAAAGAUGAAUAUGAGAUGAUGUAAAUUGAUUAUAAUUAAGUAAAACUGCUAAAAUUUUGGAAGCUAUUGAACCAAUAAAUCCUAAAAUAGAAGUUUAAUUUUGCAAUAA